UUUCACGCAUGCCAAUGCACAGUUUAGAUCGUCAAUAUCUUAAAUUCCCUUCACGCAAAAAUUAUAAAAAGUUAAUAUUUUGAAAAUACGUAUUAAGACGAAUCUAACAAGAUCUAACAGAUGUUCUAAAACAAACACUAGUAGAAAAAACCCCUGUUGCAGCCCCCUUGUUGCAGCGUACAUGUAUUAAUACACUUCAACAACCAGUAGGUCAAUGCGGGUCAAACUCUUUAAAGGGUUGUUGCAGCGUACAAAUCAAUUGCCCCCUGCAAAAGAUUUUGUUGCAGCGUACAUUGUAAAAGCCCCCUGCAAUAGCCCGUUUUUGUUGCAGCGUACAUUUUAAAGCCCCCUGCAAUAGCCCGAUUAAAAAAAAAUUCAUUCCAAUAUUCAUUGAAUAGCAUCUGAAAGUUUCUGUUCUCGCGCUCAUCUCCCUCUUCUUCCCUUCACUUUCCAUGCGUCGUCCCCUAAAAAAAAACUUUCCCUGCACAAAAAACUUUCCCUCCAUCGUCAAUCUAGCUUCCUCGUCGGUGGUUCUGGCCUCCUCGCCAGCCGCCACCUGUUAGCUUGCUCGGCCGGUGGUUCCAAGGAAAAACUUUGCUUGCUCACGUCGGUGGUUCCAAGAAAGAAAGUUGCUCGCGUCCUGUUCUCCGUCAACCUCCUCACCGCGGCUAGUAAUCUUUGUUCAAUUCGUUUAUCUGAUUUUCGUUUUAAGAAUUAGGGUUUGUUCAAUUCAUUUUUAGGGUUCUGUGCGUUUGUUCAAUUCGUUUUUAGGGUUUGUUCAAUUCGUUUGUUAAAUUCGUUUUUAGAGUUUGUUCAUAGAUAAAGAUGUGGUGGUGUUGGAAUCAGAGAAUGGUGGUGGUGGUGGUGGCGGUGGUGGUGGUGGGGUGGAGCAGGGGAGGUGAAGUUGACUGUUGUUAAUUGCAUUGUACUAUUGAAAUGUGAUUUUUCAAGGGCUUGAGUUGACUGUUGUUUGUUCUUGUUGAUAUAGUUUGAACAUGGUGGAUUUUUUUUUUUGUUUUUAUUCAAAUGAUUAGCAUUGAUUUCAUUAGCUGUGUUUUGGGUUGCAUUUUACUUUUGGAACUGAGGUUUUUCAAGUUAGUUGUUGAUGUUUAUAGAUUGGGGAUUUUGGGUUGCAAGAUUACAAUUAUGUCAAAUGAUCAUGAGGUACUCGUAUGAUAUAUGGAAAGUAGUACCGUCCUAUACACUUGAGGAUGAUUAAGUUACAUGUGUAGUAUUUCUUAUUACUUGUGACCAAGUUCUUAGAACCAAUACUGUCUUCUGCUGCUGCUCUAUUGUUCUGGGAAGGGAGUUCUUUUUUUUGGUUGCAAAUGACCUCACCCCCCCUGCACCUGUAGCAAAGAGAUUGAAGGUUGUCUAACCCUGCUUUUAGAUUUUAAUAUGCUAUAGAAUAUCCUUGUGAUCAUGUUUAUUUUGGUUUAACUUCAACAUAGGAUGGCAUCUCUGAUUUGUUACUGAUGGUUACAUAUGUUAUUAUCCCUGAUGGUAUCUCGUAUUCUCGUGUCUUCUUAUUGAAGUUAUUGUUUGCUAGCAGUAAAAGGAUCAGCGGACUUGACAUUGCGCCACCAACUGCUAUGAUGACAACCCCCGCUGUUGGAGGUUUGGUUAUCUACUUUACGCCGGACAUAAACUUUUGUUUUUAACUGUUGCUUAGUUUUUGUUUGCUUUAGUGUGGAAACUUCGUACCAAAUUACAUGCUUUCAUUGGGUAAGCUUCCACUUCUUAUUUGCUUUAUUAAACAUGGUGGAGUGUUUGGAGAUGGACGGUAAAUUUUUUAUUCUUCUGUUUUUAUUAUUUAGUCAAAUAACUCUGGAACUGAAAGAUGUUUUUCCUUUCUUCUUGUCUUUUGGUGUUUGUUUUUGUUUGUGUCCUUUGUUUGUUGUAAGAAGGUAAUGUUGGGCUACUUGCCCCACUGUGUUGACUUUGGGUGUGAGCCGACUUCUGUAGCUUUAAUGUACAAGGAAGAACCAAUUCUCGGGUUGGGUUUUGUUCAUCUUUAACUGGCGCUUUAUGCGUGUUUAUGUAAUCUUUAUAAAUUAAUCCCAGCAAAUAGGUCUGCCUUGUGCAAUUUCUACUUUUAUCUAAUUAUCUUUAGCAAAGAUAGAGAACUUUUCACUAGAAAUAGUGUCAACUAUUACUUAAAAGAAAUAUAAAAGGAAGUGUGUUAGCAUCUUUAAAAAAUUGAAAAGGAUGCGGGUCUUUGAUUUUGUACUAAUGUGUAUGGUGCUUUUAUAGAGACGUGACAUCUUUUUACCCAAUACAGGUUCAAUCACGACAACUCCUGUUCCUGGGAUGUUUUUUAACAUGUUCCCUUUAACGUCAGGGCAGUUGCCUCUUGGAACUCUUCCUAUCAUGCAUGUUCAAGCAAUGACUCAGCAGGCAACUAGACAUGCUCGAUGGGUUUAUGUUGGAGGAUUACCCCCAGAGCUAAUGAGCAGACUGUGGCUAUCUAUUUCAGCCAUGUUAUGGCCUCAAUUAGAGGAAAUACUGCAGGACCAGAUGAGAUCGGUUGAGGAAGCUAGUAAUCCUAUGGCGCUAGAUGGUAUUAUAUUUGAGGGGGCUCCAGUCAAGGUGAGGAGACCCAGUGACUACAACCCAUCACUUGCUGCAACACUUGGUCUGAGUCAGCCUAAUCCAAACCUAAACCUGGCUGCUGUUGGCUUGACACCAGGUUCUACAGGGAGUCUUGAGGGUCCUGAUAGGAUAUUUGUUGGUAUAUUUAUCAACAUUUGUUGGGACAUGAAGUCGAGAUGCAGGUGGUUUGAAAUACUUUGCCUCGUCGAUUUGGCGCUCCAGGUCUUCCAGAGUUGAAUGCAUCUCAGGUAUU